CCUCAGACCCACCCUGCCGCGCGUCCGACCCGAGCGCGCCCUGCGUCUCACGCGGGCACUGGAGCGCGCAGUCACCCGACGGCCGGCCGCGGAGGAAGGAUGGCGCGCGCGGCGCUGCGCUUGGUGCUGUUGCUCCUGGUCGGGGACUUGGCAGGCUCUUCACGUUCUCAACCUGGUCAACUUUCAAAAUAUAGAAGACCAAACUGCAAUAAGUAUAACUUGCCAGCGUGUACCAGAGACUUUAACCCUGUGUGUGGAAGCGACAUGUCCACUUACCCCAACGAGUGUGCUCUGUGCCUGAAAAUCAAGGAAGGUGGUCAUGAUAUUAAAAUAAUUCGAGAUGAACCAUGCUGAUGGAGCGCUUUGCAGAAGAGAAAUUGGAGAAACCAUCUUCAACCACAGCCUAGAUGAAUUUCAUUUCCCCUUUUUCUCUUUUUCCUCUGUGUCUUUGCAUGAGAUUUGUUAACCUACAUUUUCUGAGAGGAGGUGUGGAGGGGAGCCAGUGACUGAUAAUUAAAACAAAGCAAAAAGAAUCCUUGUUUCUUGGCUUUUGCCCCUUGAGUUAAGCUUCUUGCCCUGAUGACUUGUGCAUUGCUUUCUUUAGUUGGAAUAAAAUCAGCAUUGUUUUCAGUA